UUUCUGGGUAAGAGGCAUGAAACGGUGACGUCUCGUGGUUUAAUAUUCAGAAGUCGCCGCUCUUUCCUCUCUCUCUCUCUCGUUUCUCUCUCUUCUCCCAAAAAUUCUCUCUCCAUCUCUGUCUCUCUGUAACUUUCUAUACAGCUUUGAUUUCGUUUCCUUUACUUGGAAACCACACGCAGAGGGCUUCAUUGCGAAUUCAUGGAAGCAAUGUACAGACGAUGAGUUUUCUCAAGGUUGGUGGAUUCAAUGCCAGAGGAUAUCUACGAUAGAACUGUAUUUUCAAAAUUUUCUUCUCAUAUAGAGAUUGGGAAGGAUGACAGUGCAGUUGUUCAAAAAGAUGAGGGACAUGAGGAUAAUCAAUCCACGUAUACAACGAGCCUGAUCCUUAACUUCUAAUAAGUUCGUGCAUAUUUAUGCGUUUUCAGUGACGGAUUGAAAGACUAAAUUAAUAGUUUAUUGAAAAAUGGCCAUUGCUGGUCUACAUAAUGUCUCUGUUCUUGAUUCUUCAUUUAUUAGAGACUCUCAAUCUCAGGCAUCAAGGCAGUUAGGAAAUGAAAGUAGCAUAAGCACCCGGGCAUCCUCUCUUCUACGGAUAUGGAGAGGACUUGAGGAUGAUCAAGUGGUGAGAGGCACGCAAGAGAGGGUUAGUCAAAGAUCUACUGAUCUCUCAAGAACAGAUGCACCUGAAGGGCAAAGUACUGAACGGGGGGAUGAUUCUGAGAAUAUGGGGAUGAAUAUUAAUGAGACUGAUAUCGACACAUGGUCUGAUGUUCAAACUGCUUCACAAAAUGAAGAUGAGGACUCUGGAAAUUUUAAUGAUGAGAAUUCUUGUGAAUUUGGAGUAGUUCAGAGGGAGAGAGUUAGGCAAAUUUUUAGAGAAUGGAUGAACAGUGGCGUGGGGGAACAUACACCUAAUGUUUCCCAAACGAAUAAUGGCUCAAGGGCAGAGUGGCUUGGUGAAACCGAACAGGAGAGGGUGCGGAUGAUAAGGGAGUGGGUGCAAAAGAAUAGCCAGCAGAGAGGCGCUCAUGGUGGAAAUGGGGAAGUCCAAACUGCCGAGAUUGGUGCUCAAAUUGCACAAAUUUGUGAUGGAUUGGUCGGAAAUCAGAAUGAAGGCCGGAUCCAGCGUACUCGGAGAGGUAUUCGCAGGUUAUGUGGCAGACAAGCUCUCCUUGAUAUGGUUAAGAAGGCUGAGAGAGAAAGACAAAGAGAAAUUCAAGUAUUAUUAGAGCAUCAAGCUGUAUCAGGCUUUGCUCAUCGCAAUCGCAUUCAGUCAUUGCUCAAAAGUAGAUUCUUACGAAAUGAUAGAUUGACUGCGAACGCGAGAUCUGUAUCUGUUGCAGAAUCCGAAUUAGGUCUUUUAAGGCAAAGACAUACAGUCUCUGGUUUGAGUAGGGAAGGAUUCUUCUCCAGAUUGGACAGUUCUGUUCAAGAUCAAUCAAGUAGCCGGCAUUCUGACACCACCUAUAACAGUGAUGAUGGUGACUCUCUAACCGAGCUGAAUCAUACAAGGAGUUUUGAGGUCCUAGAUGAUCUUCAUGAGCAUUCUGGGCUCAAUAACGUGGAAAGUCAUAACGAAGGCUCUUAUAGCAAUGUUCCGACUGAUGGUAGAUCUGAUUUAGAGGGAAGUACUGCUGAAGGUAGGGAAGAAUCUGUUCAUAUGGUAGAAACUUCACAAGAACAGGUUGCUGAGAGUGGUUUAGCCGGGCAAAUGGUGGGUGUCGACUUUAUGGAGACGAGAGAUGAUUCUGGACAAAGUAUGAGAAGAAUUUUGCAAGAAACUGCCGCAAAUAUUUUAUACCGUGAAAUUCCACAAGUGGAUGCUGAGGAUCAUUCUAAUGUACCAGAUGUUGAACCUUCCAUUCAACAUGCUUACACUCAUGAAAAUGUUGAUAUUGGAUUAUUAUUAGCUCAUUCAGGAAGUUUUCAAGACGAUCUUGAAAAUAUAGACCCACGGGAAUCUACUUCUCACGAGGAACUGAGUGAGGAACUAGGGAUGGGAGGUGAGCCAAAUGAUCGGCAAGACUUUGUUUUUCAACAUAAUGGGUGGGAAAAUAGUACUGAAGAAGAUAUAAAUGAAACUCAGUUGGAAAGCAUUGCUACCACUUGGUCUGGAGAAUUCUUGAGUACGGCAUAUAGAGGAGAUAUUCAUCUGCAAAAUGCCCCUGAAGCUACGUCCAGCCGAAGGUUGGAGACCUUUUAUUUUCCUGAAGAUGAUAACGUGCAUAGUGGGGAAAUCAGAGAACUUUUAAACAGGAGAAGUGUUUCUACUCUUCUCAGCAGUGGUUUCCGGGAAAGUCUUGACCAGUUGAUACAAUCUUACAUAGAUAGGCAAGGUCAGAGUACCAGUAACAGGGAUCUUGACGAGAUGUUGCCCCCUUACACAUCUGCAGAACAAGAGCAAGAGCAUGACAGGCAGAGUGAAGGUCAAGCAGCCUCUGUUGAGAGUCGUUCACCUGCUUUGCCACUGCCACCUACAUUGCCCUCUCGGCAACUUUGGGAUCAUGAGUUGAGUAAUGAUAGCUGGUCACGGGGUGAUUUCCGUCAGCAAUUUGGAGCUGAUUGGGAAAUCGUUAACGAUUUGAGGAUUGACAUGUCUAGGCUGCAACAGAGAAUGAGCAACCUACAGAGAAUGUUGGAGGCAUGCAUGGAUAUGCAACUCGAGCUGCAGCGCUCAAUUAAGCAAGAAGUUUCUUCUGCAUUGAACCGAGCAGCUGGUUCAGAAGAUAUUUUCGAAGACAGUUUGCCAGAUGAUGAACCCAAAUGGGACCGAGUAAGGAAAGGAAUUUGUUGCAUGUGCUGCAAUAACCAUAUUGAUGCUUUGUUGUACAGAUGUGGCCACAUGUGCACAUGUUCAAAAUGUGCUAAUGAGUUGGUGGAGGGAAGAGGAAAGUGUCCGAUGUGUCGUGCGCCCAUUCUAGAGGUGAUUCGCGCUUACUCCCUAUGACGACUUAGAUGACAAUAAAGAAGAAUGAGAUUACAAGAGAUUAUUCAUCUUCAUCCUCUUGUUCCAUCCAGGUGCCUGCCCUUAUUGAUUCUUCUCAUCCUGAUUUCUAUACAUAUAAAGAUCAUUGUAUGGUGAUGGACGAUUGAAAUAAUAUAGUAAUCUCUAUUAUUGAUUAAUCUGACCAGAAUAAAUAUGUUGAUGAGUGGAUUCAGAAACCUUAUUUUGGGGAAAUUUUGAGAAUUUAGGAGUGCUUCUAAUUUGUCAUUUCCAUUGUUCAAACUUGAUGAAGCUUACUUUUCUGACUCCACACCCAAGACAGACUCCACAAGAGAGAGCCUCCUUUUUCUUCUUUUCUCUUCUUCCUGAAGAGUUGUGAAUAUAUAUUUCCUUCAAGGAAAAAAAAACGACUGAUUGUAACUGAGAGAUUGGAAAAUUUGUCCUCUAAACAAGCUAGAGUUAUUCAUCUUUAUGCCGUGUGUUUUAAUGAUGGGAGGCUUUUGCACGAUUAUCUUGUAAAUGAAAGCUCAGGUCUGCCUGAUACAUGGGGCCUAGUUUGCAAAUUUAGGUAUAGAUUUUUUCUUUUUAUUGGGUGUUUAGCUGUGGGUUAGUGUUGUGAAAUUAAGUUUGUGUUUGGUAUGUAAAUUUGCUUAUCUUGUUGAUCUUAUGAGCUAUACAAAUCCAUGAUCAAUUGGAAA